GCAGGCGCGAGGCGGGUGCUAGUCAUUCUCUGUCCGUUUACUCGAGAAGCAACAUCAUGCCCGAUCCAGCCAAGACCGCGCCCAAGAAGGGAUCAAAGAAAGCCGUGACCAAGACGGCCGGCAAAGGAGGCAAGAAGCGCAGAAAGUCCCGGAAGGAGAGCUACGCCAUCUACGUGUACAAGGUCCUGAAGCAGGUGCACCCUGACACCGGCAUCUCAUCCAAGGCCAUGGGCAUCAUGAACUCCUUCGUGAAUGAUAUUUUUGAGCGCAUCGCCGGUGAGUCUUCUCGUCUGGCUCAUUACAACAAGCGCUCCACUAUCACCUCCAGGGAGAUCCAGACCGCCGUGCGCCUGUUGCUUCCCGGCGAGCUGGCCAAGCACGCCGUGUCCGAGGGUACAAAGGCCGUCACCAAGUACACCAGCUCCAAGUAAAGCGCGUUACCGCCGUUUUCAUCAACCCAACGGCUCUUUUAAGAGCCACCCACUUUUCAUACAAAGAGUAAUUUCCUCUCUUUCGCUUUCUCUCUCGCUGUGAGUGUGUGUGUCUGUGUGUGUGUGAGGGGGAGGGGGACUUCUGAAGCGCUGCACUCCCGCGGAUGUUCAGGCUUUUGGGUAAUUCUAGCAGUCUGCUAAAUGCAGAGAUGAGUAAAUCUAAACAGGGUUGUAGCACGGUUUCGGGGGUUGUAUAAUCUGAGCAAUGCAAAAUGGGACUUUAGCAGCACAAAGUUAUUCGUAUUAAGAUUGUAGCAACAGGAAGUAGUUGAAAAUGGUUUUCUAGUAGCACAUAAUCAUUCUAAAUCAGGGGUGCCCAAACUUUUUCCUGUAAAGGGCCAAAAAUCAAACUUGAUUGAGGGCUGUGGGCCAAAAGUAAAUGUUGCAUUAUACCAAACUGUAUUAUAUUAAAAUUAAAGUUGCCAUGGUUCCAAUUUAUCAUUUCAUAAUAUUUAGAAAUAAAUAAAUUAAUAGAAAAUGUUAGUCUGUAUC